ACUCAACAUUAUCAAUUUAUAUCGUAAAGGUAUAAUCUUUAUUAGUGUUUGUUGAGGGUAAUAAUUCCAUCCCUCUAAUUUAAAUUUAAUCUCAUUGUUAUAAGUGUAAUUCAUUAAUUCUAUAUAAAUUUAAGGAAUAUAUACUUUGAUCAAUUUUAUAAAAUUUAUCGAAUUUGCAAUGUGCAAUGUAUCGUUUAUUAUUUAUUAAAAGAACGGCGGUGAUUUGGAAAUCGAUCGCUGUUUAAAACAUAAAUAUUUUAAAUUUGUCAGUACUCAUAAAAUUGUUGAGGAAUGAAUUUAUAUUCUAAAAGGCUGCACUGUUUGUAUGGUUGAUUUGUUUUUAAAUUUUAUAAAGAUGCCACAUCCUUGUGUUGUUUGUGGACGUUCUCGUAUGAAUCCUAAUAAUAGGGUAGAAGAGUAUAUUUUUUUUGGAUUUCCUGUCAAUGAUGAGGUCAGAUGUAAAAAAUGGUUAGAAUUUUGUUGUCGCGAAGAACUUUAUAAACUAACAAAGAAACAACUUUUGCAACGUAUGAUUUGUUCUAAACACUUUGUGUCAUCAGAUUUUGUUAAUGAUUUUUAUGAUCGGUUAAAUAAUACAGCAGUACCAAGUAUUUAUGAUCCAAAACAAAGCUUGUACAAUAUUAGUUGCGUGCUGUGUGGCCGCUUUCGUAAAGACCCACCUGGCUUGGAAAAUGAUGGUGCAACUUUCCAUCAUUUUCCUGGAGAAGAAUUUAGAUGUCUUAAAUGGUUGGACUUUGUCGGUGUUGAUUCUUACUAUAGAUUGACCAGAAAAGAGAUAAUGUUUUGUUUUAUAUGCUCCAAGCAUUUUGAUAGGGAUCAAUUUAUUCUAGGUUUUCAUAAUAGACUCAUUGAUACUGCAGUGCCAAAUAUAAGAAAUCCUGAUAAUGAGAAUAUACAAUGGAAACUAGAAGAUAAAGACGAUGAAAGUAUAAUGACAGAUGUAGAAUUGUUCAAUUUUUGUGAUAAAGGUGAAAAACGAAUUAAUCCAUUACCUGUUGCUGUUUUGGAAAGUCAAGCAUGUGCAGCUUGUGGACGACUAAAAGCAGAUCCAAGAAAUAAGUCACAAAAAUAUAAGUUUCAUCCUUUUCCUGCUUAUGAAAUUGGAAGAUGCCUGAAAUGGUGUCAAUUUUUAGGAAGAGAAGAUAUUCUCAAAAUGUCUCCCAAUCAAAUUCGUAGACUAGUACUAUGUUCAGGACAUUUUCAGGCUGGACAAAAUUUUAACAAUGGAAAUGGCCCUUGUGAUGCAGUUCCUACAAUUUAUAAUUGUAAGAGUAAUAAUGAGAUAAUUAAAAAAUCAAAUGUGAGUGUAGAUUUAGGAGAUGCUAAUAAAAUUGUCAGACCAUCAGUAUCAAGUAAGAAGCCCAAGAUGGAUCCAAAAUAUAAACCAGCUCCUUUGGCAAAGAAGCGAGGAAAAUCUAAAAGGCCUACACGUAUCACUAUACCUAAAAUUGAUUCAAGAAUGAAUAACUUCCCAGUGAAAAAACUUCCUAUUCUUACUGCUAAUAAAUGGAAAUUGAUAUCUAAUCAAUUUCAACCAAUGACAAUAUCCAACAAUAUUUUAACUAAUGUUGCUCCAAAUAUAAAAAAAGUUAUUCUACCAUUCUCAGGAAAUAUUUCAGAUUUAGGUGCUCCAAUCCUAGUUGAUAGUUUGUCAAGUAUACCUCCUGGACUAUUAAUAAAGAUUGAUUUGCCUGAAAGUGAAAAGACUGUUGACAAAACUGCAAGAAAGAAAAUUAGAAGAAAAGUAGUUGAGCAACAACCACAAACUAUUCCAUUUGAGUAUAUCGAAGUGCAAAAUACACUUAAAUGUGGAAAUGAACAAAGUGAAAUUAUUGAAUGUGUACCUGACAAUGAUAUGGCUGAAGAUAUUGAUGAACAAUUUAUUAAUGAUGAAAGCUUUAAUAAUUUUAAUGAGAUUGGUGAAGAAAAUUAUAUAGAGAAAAUACAAAAGAAUGGGUAUGUUGAAGAGACAAAACCAAAAAUUAAAAUGUCAGCAAAGUGUCGUAGAACUCUUAUUCCUAUUCAAUGUGAAAUAAAACAAUUUCUUAAUAGACUUAAACCUCAUGUUAAGAGGCUACCCAAGAAAACAAAAGCCAAGGUAAAACUUGCCAUUGUUAAUAUGGUUAUUGAUCAGUUGUGAAACAUGUAUUCUAUUUUAUACGUAUUGAUUGUAUGUGUAAUUAAAUUUUACAAGUUUAAAAGCUGUAUAUAUCAUUUUAGCUUAUAAUAAAUAUUCUAUAUAAUAUUUUAUAAAUAUCCCUUGAAAAUUUUUAAAAUUAAAGUUCAGUAUGCAUGUGUUUUAUAUAAUUAUUAUUUAUAAUAUCUAUAAAAAAAAACUUGAAUUCGACUAAAAAUGUAAGUUCAUUAAACUUUCAAAUGUUGUUCAGUGCCAGUGACAAAU